UGCCCAAAAAAUCAUAUCUUGCUAAGAUUGAACAUGUUUGUGUCGAGAAACUCUACUGUUAGAACAAUGUCUCUGCUGUUAGAUAUUGUGACAACUUUGCAGGGUUUUAGACCAAGCUUCCUAUAACAACAUCUCACCAUGUCCAAAGUUUCAGACAGCUUCCUUUCUCUCUGAAGCAUGAUCAUGCUGUUAAGAUAUAUCGUUAAAAAAAAAAACUUCAAGGUGGCUCACGUUAUCAGUCUUCAGCUUAGGAGAACAGAGGGGAAAGAAAUAAAAAGAAUAAACUGUUACCUUUGAAGACAAAGUAGAAGGCAAGAAAGACUUUAGAGCUUUAAUCUCUUAAACGUUUCAAAACAAUUAUGAUCUUCAAAACAAAAGUCUCUGAGCAGAGUUUCAUCUUUCCUUUCCUCCACACAAAGCAAAACGGACCAUUAUGAUCUUUGCGGAGUCAAGUCACCAGCGGAUAUCGUUCGCGGGCGAUCUCGGCCAAUCAGAUAAAGCACUUACGAUUGAACAACAACCAUCAGGGCUGGUUCGAAGAGACACAACACUUUUAGAUUCAGAUUUCGAGUUCCACACUUCAAGAAGCUUUGAUUCCUCACCAGCUGAUGAGAUCUUCGCUGAUGGGAUGAUCCUUCCUUUCCAAGCAACAUCCUCCAUGCUAAAACGUCGUUACAAGUACGAGCUCCCUCCUAUCGUCUCCUCUAUUCCUCCUCCUCCUCCUCCUCCUCUGCCAUUGCCAUCACCGCAACAGUCGAGAAAAUACUGCCAGAAGGAGACUCCAGUGGUAGAAACAUCAUCAAAGUCGUUUUGGAGCUUCAGUAGAAGCUCGAGCCUUAACUGCGAUAUAAAGAAGAGUCUGAUCUGUUCCUUUCCUCGUUUGACAAGAAGCAUUUCCACAGGAUCAGUGAUGAAUUCUAAGAGAGCAAUGCUUAGGGACGUUGACAAGCAUAGCUCGCUGAGACAUGGAGGAGCCCCACGUCCACAGCCAGAUCCUUCAUCUUGUCCUCCCUCUUCCUGCUGCAGCUCGUAUCAGUUCAGGCCACAAAAGCAAUCCGGAAAGAACAGCUGCAGCAGCAGAGGAGGAAGCUUUCGGAUUACUCCAGUGAUAGGUGGUCCAUCUCCGUCUGGAUUAGGAUCUAUCUUACGACUUUCGAAAGAUAAGAAGACCAAGAACACUAAGUAGGACUUCUCAUUGUUUUUAUUUUGUUUUUGUGUAACGCUUGAGAUUCUGCAACACCACUUAGUUACAUUUAUUAUCAUUAUCAGAGUUGUGAUUUACUUAUAAGGUAAC